CUUACCUUUAACAAUAGUAAACGCAGCAAUUGCAACGCUGAUUCAACUAUUUCUCAAUAUCAGGAAAUAAUUGAAGAAACUAAAGCGGGUUAGGGCUUCGACGACGAAGAUUAUUUUCUUUCAUCGCGGCUUUUGUCGUGAAAUUGUAUCUAAACCACUACGCCUUUAUCAUCAAUAAAGGAAACAAGAAAUAAUACAUCUCAGAACAAUCACUAAAUUACAGCAACAAUGUCUAUGUUUGGAAUGGGUCUCGGACGUCCGCAGACGGACUACGACGAGAACAAGGUCAACGCUUACAAGGGCGAGAUGCUGAUGGCCAGCCAUAUGAGAGAAACGAUGACCAACGUUUGCUACGCAAAGUGCAUUCCGGACCACUACUCCGAGCCUGACCUUAACAAGGGCGAGGGCAACUGCGUUGAUCGCUGCGCGGCCAAGUUCUUCCAGGCUAUCAAGAUUGUCGGCACUGACCUGCAAAACCAGGCUAGCAAGAUGUAAGCGGGCUAGCUAGUGGAAAGGAUAGGAUACUUGAUAAUUGUACAUAGGUGUAAAGAUAUUCUUUUGUCGCCAUUAGUUCUACUCUCAAUGUUAUGAAAAUACUCAAACU